AUGACGCAGCUUUUUGCGUCCACCCCGUCCCCAAUGACAAAUACCGAAAAGCGUGGGAAUUUCCCCGGCUUGUCCCUUCCUUCCCGCAAGCACUCAAAUGAAUCGAGCCAUCUGCCCACGAAGAUCAAGAACUUCUUUCGCAUGAACAGUUCCAGCGGUGGAAGCCCAGUCGGCUCAGACCGAGAGCGCGAGAAGGAACAUAGCCCCGCGAAGAACGAGAAGACAGGCUUCCGACAGUCACGAUUCCUCCCGACCAUCGGGCGUAAUCGAUCCACAACCGUGGCCAGCGAGGGCAAUCCUCUAGAUGACGCUAUCACCUCGCCCACCGCUUCAGCAAACCCUUACUUCGCUCACCAAGGCCAGCCAGCUCUGCGACAUCGCAACGAUGGGUCUGCCCCCUCCUCCCCUCCUGAUACCCCCGAGCUGCAGGUCACCGGGGUCUCGGCUGCCGAGCAGGCCGUUGCUUCCAACAAGGAAGAACUUGCUCGUAAGCUUCGGCGUGUAGCCUCUGCGCCCAAUGCGCAGGGACUCUUCUCCAACGGUCAGGGUAGUGGCCGUCCACAAACCGCCGAGAUGGGCAAGGAGACCGUCGUAGAACUUUCCGAGUCCCAGCUCUCGGCGGAAGAGAAACAUCCUGCCCUCUCUGUGCCUUCCAUCCGUCUUGCUAGCCGGACAGAUAACAACAAUGCUGCCUUCCGCCGCACUUACAGCUCCAACUCCAUCAAGGUCCGCAACGUGGAAGUGGGGCCUGCAAGCUUUGACAAAAUCAAGCUGAUCGGCAAGGGCGACGUGGGGAAGGUGUAUCUGGUACGAGAGAAGAAGUCGAGUCGCCUGUACGCCAUGAAGGUGUUGAGCAAAAAGGAAAUGAUCAAGCGAAACAAGAUCAAGCGUGCUCUGGCAGAGCAGGAAAUUCUUGCAACGAGCAAUCAUCCGUUCAUUGUUACCCUCUACCACUCCUUCCAGUCCGAGGACUACCUCUAUUUGUGCAUGGAGUACUGCAGCGGUGGAGAAUUCUUCCGAACUCUGCAAACACGACCUGGGAAAUGCAUCACUGAGGAUGCUGCGCGCUUCUAUGCCGCAGAGGUAACCGCUGCUCUGGAGUAUCUCCAUUUGAUGGGAUUCAUCUAUCGCGACCUGAAGCCAGAAAACAUUCUACUCCACCAGUCUGGCCACAUUAUGCUUUCAGACUUUGACCUCUCGAAGCAGUCAGGUCCCGGCGGUGCUCCCACCAUGAUUCCCGGGAGAAGCGGCGGGUCAUCAAUGGCUGCCCUUCCAACAAUUGAUACUAAGUCAUGCAUUGCCGACUUCCGCACAAACUCCUUCGUAGGCACCGAGGAGUACAUUGCCCCUGAAGUAAUCAAGGGCUGUGGUCACACCAGUGCCGUUGACUGGUGGACCCUGGGUAUCCUUAUUUACGAGAUGCUUUAUGGAACCACCCCCUUCAAGGGCAAGAAUCGGAAUGCCACCUUCGCAAGCAUCUUGCGAGACGAGCCUCCUUUCCCGGAACAUUCCGGGGCUCAGCAAAUCUCGAAUCUGUGCAAAUCAUUGAUUCGCAAGCUCUUGAUCAAGGACGAGACCAAACGUCUUGGCGCUCGCGCUGGCGCUUCUGAUGUCAAGACUCACCCCUUCUUCCGAACGACCCAAUGGGCUCUGAUCCGCCACAUGAAGCCUCCCAUGAUCCCUCACCAGGGCCGUGUCGGUACUGACACUGUGAACUUCCGCAAUGUCAAGGAGAGUGGUAGUGUGGACAUUGGAGGCACGACCAACCCGAGCAAGUUGAAGGGUGUUCCCAUGGACUCGGGCCUGGCCACCCCGAACGCAGAAUUGAACGAUCCGUUUGAGGAGUUUAACAGCGUGACUCUCCACCACGAGGGAGAUCACUAA